AUCGGAGAGAAGUUGAAAGCGUACGGUUGCACACCGGUCGUGGUAACUCCACUCUCUUCCUCAAAAACCCAACAAAAAUCACACGAUUUCAGCUUCUCGUUUCAGACGAACAAAAACAAGAUUUUGCAUACGUUGUGAUUGGUUUUCAGAUGAGUGUGGCAGCCGAUUCUCCAGUGCAUUCCUCAAGUAGUGAUGAUCUUGCUGCCUUCCUUGAUGCUGAACUGGACUCUGCCUCAGAUGCUUCGUCUGACUCCUUACCCAGCGAAGAAGAAGAAGUAGCCGGGAAUGACACUGAAGCUUCCAAUCAUGGGUCAAAGAGACAAAAGUUUGAGCGUUUGGAGACUGUUGACGAAGAGGAGAUUGAGGAAGCAUCCUCAAGCAAAGGAGAAUGCGAGCACCCAGGUUCGUUUGGAAAUAUGUGCUUUGUCUGUGGACAAAAAUUGGUAGAAACCGGUGUUUCAUUUAGAUACAUACACAAGGAAAUGAGGCUCAAUCAAGAUGAAAUCUCCCGGUUGCGAGAUUCAGAUAUGACAUUAUUGCAACGCCAGCGGAAGCUGUAUUUAGUUCUCGAUCUAGACCACACCCUGCUUAAUUCAACCUUACUAAAAGACCUGAAACCAGAGGAGGAAUACUUGAAAAGCCAUACGCACUCUCUUUUAGAUGUCUCCGGAGGCAGUCUUUUCAUGCCGGAACAUAUGCACAUGAUGACCAAACUGAGGCCGUUUGUUCACUCAUUUCUAAAAGAAGCCAGUGAGAUGUUUGUGAUGUACAUAUACACAAUGGGAGAUCGGCAAUAUGCGCGGCAGAUGGCGAAGCUACUUGACCCUAAAGGAGAGUACUUUGGUGAUCGGAUAAUUUCUCGGGAUGACGGCACAGUGAGACAUCAAAAGAGUCUCGAUGUGGUGCUUGGACAAGAAAGUGCUGUUCUGAUUCUUGACGAUACAGAGAAUGCGUGGCCAAAUCACAAAGACAAUUUGAUCGUGAUAGAGAGGUAUCACUUUUUCGCUUCGAGCUGCAGACAGUUCGAUCACAAAUACAAGUCUCUAUCGGAGUUGAAGAGCGAUGAGAGUGAACCAGAUGGGGCACUUGCAACUGUCCUGAAAGUCCUAAAACAAGUGCAUGCGCUAUUCUUUAAGGAUGUGGAUGAAGAUAUAUCUAAUAAAGAUGUUAGGUUGAUGCUUAAACAAGUGCGUAAAGAGAUACUUAAAGGAUGUAAAGUAGUGUUCAGUCGGGUGUUCCCAACCAAGGCUAAGCCGGAAGAUCACCCUCUGUGGAAAAUGGCAGAGGAACUGGGAGCCACCUGCGCAACUGAAGUGGAUGCAUCAGUGACACACGUGGUAGCUAUGGAGAUGGGAACAGAGAAGGCACGUUGGGGUUUAAGAGAGAAGAAGUUUGUGGUACAUAGAGGAUGGAUAGACGCAGCUAAUUACCUGUGGAAGAAGCAGCCAGAAGAGAACUUCAGUUUAGAGCAGCUCAAGAAGCAACAAGGAACGGAAGAAGAGUGAUUUAUGUAACACGAUGAGAAAGAAGUAUAGACUUUGUUUUAUGAAUCAGAGUAAAGUUUUAAAUGUACAUUGUAUCUGAUAUUUCUGGGAUAUUUCAACUAAGAUACUAACUUUUGAUACGAAA